CUACCCAUCCUGACAAAAAUAUGAUAAAUAUAACCUCUACGUUGACUGAAGUUAUAUUUGAUUUAUAAUUAUUUAUAGUGGAUAACAAAACUGUAUUCUUGCUAAUUAUACGUGAGCAACCUCAAUAUUUAAAACAUAUUUAUCUUUUAUUAUGCGAAGAUAACUACAUAAUAAAAUGGGGACGGGAGCAAGUGCAGAUGUAACUAGAAAUGAAUACGUGUCACGGUUCGUAGGAAAAGAAAAUAUUUCAUCAAACGAUCCCUUCUGGAAUCGUUUCUUGGCAUUCAAUAGUCCCUCGUUAAUUAUCAAAGAUCAAAAUUUCAUGCUGGAAACUAACAGUAGAACUCAGUUUGAGCAGUUAAUAGAAAAUAAUUCAUACUCAAAUAAUGUAGGAACUCUUAUUAAAAUAUUUCUAUUAAAAGUAUCAGAACUAGUAGAAGCAAUUGAUACAAGUGACAACUUAUUUAUUUGGCAAACUCACAAUGCUUUAUAUAUUAUAAGACAUAUUUUGAAAUACAUGGUUGAGAAUUUAACAGAAGAACAGAUACUUCAACAUUUAGAAAACAAGUUUGAAUCUGCAGAACAAACGAGAACUUUUAUUGGAUCAUUAAUUGAACUUCUUGUUGAUAUACCAGUUGUUGAAGUAACUUAUUUAUUACAUUUAGAAGUGGUAAUUAGUUUAAUUAUACUAUUGGCUGUGCAACUGAAUUCAAGUAACACAGACAAUUCGAUUAUUUAUCAUAUAAUAAUGAAAGGUACACAUAAUAUUCAUGCUCCAUUAUUGGUCAAAAGGCUUUUACAGAAUUAUAUUGAUCAAAAAAAGUUGCCACCCAGUGUAAGAAAUUAUGGACAUCACAGCAUGGUCUUUGGAAUUGCAUCAGGUUUGUGGUCUAUUAUUACUUUUAAUCAAGAAAAAAGAGAUAACCCUGCUGUUAAUAUGGUUGAAGAACCCCUUGCUUCGCAAAGUUUGAUGCUGCUAUUGUUAUUAAUAAAUAUUUCUAUAAAUGACAGCAAUCCAUACCGCCAAUGCCUGUUUACUUGCAGUGAUAAUUCAGGUAGUAAUUACUUUAAAUUAUUCAUAACACAAAAAUCAAUUAUUUUAUCAUACAUUAUCAUAUAUUUAGGCACUAUCACAUCGGGUCUAACAAGCCAGGUGACUUCUUUUAAAAUUGAUUAUAAUAAACUGUUUGAGGCCCUGCACAGGCAUGGAAAUAUGGACAGUGUGACUUUAUUAGAAUAUAUUUUACUGCAUCGUAAUUUAUCGUUUAAAACUUAUGUUGUACAACACGACAAUAUAGAUGAAUUGAUUAUCCCAACUCUGAAGACUUUAUACAGCAUUCCAAACUGCAAUUCGCACCAUAUAUACAUGUCUCUUAUUAUUUUACUGAUUCUGAGUGAAGAUGAUGUAUUCAAUAAAAAAGUACAUAGAAUUAAAAUAAAAUCAAGUUCAUGGUUUACCGAACGUAACAUUCCCGACAUAUCUUUGGGUGGUUUGCUGGUGCUGGUCAUCGUUCGUACGAUUCAAUAUAACAUGUUGAGAAUGAGAGACAAGUACCUUCACACCAACUGCUUAGCAGCGCUGGCUAACAUGUCUGCUCACUUUAGCGAUCUUCAUCCGUAUGUCUGCCAGAGAUUCCUGUCGUUGUUUGAAACGCUUGCGAAGAGAUACAGCAGACUACAAGAAAAAUUAAAAUUAGAAAAAGAAAGGUCUGGUGCUGGCGCUAAUGUUAUAUCGAUAAACGAGGAGUCGAAUACGGAGCAAGACAUAGUUGUUCUUGAAGAAAUACUUCGGAUGGUCCUGGAAAUAUUAAAUUCGUGUCUGAGCAGCCAGCUAACAAAAAACGAGAAUCUCGUGUACACAUUAUUGUAUAAAAAAGAUAUUUUCGAGAAUUACAGAAAAAACCCAAUUUUUGCGGAUAUCAUGAAGAAUUUAGACAUAAUCAUUAAAUAUUUUUCUGAUUUAUUAGAAAAGAAACAGCCGCAAUUAGAGAACGACUACAAUGAAGUAUUUUCUUUGAUACGUGCAGAGUCAAAAUACUGGCCAAAAGAGAAACUUACUAAAUUUCCAGAGCUCAAAUUUAAAUAUGUCGAAGAAGAUCAUCCUGAAGAAUUUUUCGUACCUUACGUUUGGUCUUUGGUGGUACAACAUUCAUUACUACAAUGGAACACAAACGACGUCACCCUUUUUUCGCCUAUUUGUUAAUAACUUCGUUAUUAUUAAUAAGCAUAUUUUGAUUUUGUAUAGUACUUUUGAACUCAUUAUCUAAGUAAAGCAGUUGCAUAUGGGAAUAUAUCGUACAAUAAAUGAAUAACUUUUUUGGUAA